AAAUGGAAAUUACUGAAGAAAGUUGAAAGUUGGAAAAAUUAGUUUUCACGUUUUCAGCGUUCAACUAUUCAACUGUUCGCUAUUCAGUUCAGUGCAGUGCUGUUAAGAUUUAAGCAUGAUGCAUGAUUCAAGAUUGAAUACCCCAUGAUUACCCGUGUUACCCAUGUUUCUAUUUGCUGACUUGUGAAACAUUUUUCUGAAGUUUUUUUGAUAAGAAAUUGAAAUUAGGUGGACAAACUGAAUUUCUCAAGCUCAUUCACUUAGCUUUGUAGGUUUGGCUGGUUUGGCACUUAGGCAGUCUGUUGGAAUAAGGGGGAUCAUCUAGGCGGCGGCAAUUUCAAAAAACUUUCAAUUUCAUCAAGAAAUGUCAAAACGACAGGAGCUGGAUCAGAAGCAAUUAUUUAGUAGUCUAUCGAGAGAUUUCCAUGAUUUAAUCAGCGAUAAACAGCAGUUACGUGCUUCUUUAGAAAAUUUCCUGAAUAAUUUAGUAGAUGAGUUUACCUUGGGAAUCAUUUUCCACUUGCAUCGAAAGUACAAGACCAACGCCUAUGAUUUGGACGUCAGUGAUAGUUGCGAUGAAAAUGAACCUGGAGACAUAGACAUCUUUUCACAGCAUAAUCUGAAAAAAACUCAAGACUGUGUUUGCCCUUAUUGUGAUCGAGCUGUAGCUGCACCUAGAUUUGCUCCUCACUUGGAAACAUGUAUGGGUUUGGGUAGGUUAGGUAGGUCACGUAAUGCUGCUAGAAGAGUUGCUAGCAGCAGUAAAGAUAGUUCAAACUAUGGGGGACCUCCUACUGAUGAUGAAGAUGAUGCUGACUGGAGCACUGGAGAUAGAAGAAAGAAGAAAAAGGACAAGAAUUGUAGCAAGAAAGGUAGAGGAACACCAAAAAAAAAUUAUGAACCAGAACCAGUCGACUCCUUGAAUGUUGAUGUAGAGGGUGAAGAUGAUGAAUUGAGUAAUUUGAGAGACAUUCUUCAUUUGCAAGAUCAUUCUAACAGUACAUCUCCAGCAGACUCAGCCUCUAGUUCUGGAUCGACAAAGAGAAAAGAUAAGUCAAAGAGUAGGAAAAGCAGCAAACGGGAUAGGGGGUCUCCUAGUCCAAACAUAUCGCUGGAGUGAUUUAGCUAAGUAUUAUUUUUUUUAUUGUGAUUAAUUCAAAUCUCUUUAUAUUCUCGUUAAUGUUUAUUGUAUUUAUUAAUUUUUUUCAGCUUUCCCAGCUGUUAUUGUUGUGAAUUGAAAUACAUUUUUAGACCACUAAUUUUUUCCUGGGAAUUAUAGAUAUACUAUUUACUCAAUUUAGUAAUUUUUGUUUGAAUCAUGAAGUUUCAUCUUAGGGUAUUUUAAAACCAUAUUUUUAUACUUUAUUUAUCUAGUAAAAUUUAUACAAUAUUUCAAUAUUAUACACCUACUUAACUGAUUAAUGUAAUUACUGCUGUCCGAAAAAUAAAAUUUAUAUUUAUCGAG